GUGAUCUCGACAUAUCGCGAGUUGAAUACAUAUGUACAUAAAGUGAACGAAUUAUAUGGCGUUUAAUGGAAAAUAUUAUUUGUGCUGAGUAGUUUUAACAUUGUUUAAAAGUUGUCGGCUAUUGUGCGACUGAUUGAACAUGAAAGACGAGAUAUAGUUCAAGAGCUCAUUAAUAAAUUGAGGGUAUAACCUCAUUCUCAUUACAAGAGCAACAGCUUAUAAUUUGAAUAUUUACAGGAUUAGAAUAGUAACGUUGUAAUUACAGAAUUAUGCAAUGAUAAAAUAAUACUGACGAUGGCGGACGAAAAACAACGCGCUAUACAAAGACUUAAUGCUUUGCUCGGCUCUGAUUUGAAGAAUUUAGACAAUGUCAGUCGAUUGCAUGAACAAUUUGAGCAAGAACGGAAAGAAAUUGAGGAGUCGCUGUCAUUGGCCUCGACAGAGGCACCACCAAAGGUUCAAGCAGUGAUCGAGGAUACGGAGCGUCUAGCAGACCAGAUAAGCGAUUGUGUACGUUCCUGCGAAUUUUUACGGCUUCUCAUUGAGGAACAAACGUCCCAGUCAUGUAAAAUUGAAGAAUUACGAGGGAGCAUUGAUGAAAUAACUUAUUUGGAAAAGUCAGUACGAUAUCUGCAAUUCAUACAAUGUAUCGAAGACAUCAGUAAUAAAAUACAAACAUCGUUUUUGGCGAAAGAAGACGAAUCAGCAGUUGCAUACUAUGAGAACCUUUUAGAGAUUAGUAUUAAAGUUAGAUCCUCCAAGUGUCACCAUUUGCUUAAUUACCUCCGUGAGACGCAUCACUUUUGGUACGACCACUUGAAAGAUAAAUUCUCCAAGGAAUUCAAUGAAGUUUUAAAGACAAUUAAAUGGCCUUUCACCGGAUCUAAUGCAUCUGCUGCAGUUUCACAGCCUUCGGAUGUUAUGGUCAGAUUUACAUUGAUCACCGAGUACUUACUGCGACUCCAAGUUCCGAAAGACGCAACGACAGAGUCGACUGUCACCUCCACACUUUUAACUGACUUCGCAUCGAUCAGUUUACCAAUUGCACUUUUAAUUCGGCCAUUAAAACAGAGGUUUAUAUACCACUUCAGUGGUGCGAAGCAAACUAAUCGUCAGGACAAACCAGAGUGGUUUUUCACUCAAAUACUUACUUGGAUUAAAAGCCUCGCAUCUUGGGUCCACAAACAUGUCCAGCCUGUUGCAAAUAUUUUGAAUCUCGAUGUAAAUGCCAAAGUUGAAUUUAUGCGAGGUCUGGUGCAGUUAGCCGUAGAAAAAGUUCAUUCGGAACUGUCCAUCGUUCAAUACGACGACGCACUUUUCGCUCAUCUAGUGGACGAGUCUCUUGGAUUUGAAAGAGAACUUCGAGACUCCUUACUGUACCCUCAAAAUCAACCUGGAGUUGUGUUUGUCCUGACGCAAGCUCAUAUCUUCGUAAAAUGGAUAAACAUAGAGAAGAAAUAUGCAACCGAGAAAAUGGACGCCAUUCUGAGUUCGGAGACUGCUUGGGACACCCUCACCGGAGCUAGCAAUGACGGUAUGAAAGUCACCGAAUGUGCUGAAGCAUUCCUAACCCUACUCAUGACGAUCACAGAUCGUUACAGUCACCUGCCUCAACCUGGACAUCGACUGCAGUUCUUGGAGUUGCAACUGGAGCUGAUAGACGAUUGGAGAGUACGUCUCUUGCAGUUAUUACACGAAGAGUACACCGAUCCAUUGUCAUCGAUCGUUCCAAAAAUAUUAAACACGCAGCGUUACGUUUCUAGUGUGCUCGUAGAAUGGGCCGACACAGUUCACUUCAUACAGUUGCACUUCUUCAAGAAGCAGUUCGAAGCUGCCGAGUUCGCGGAGAAUUGGGAAGCCGAGGUGGCCGAGAAUAUUGCCGAAGAGGACGGAUCUGUAUUUUCUGAAGUUUUAGUGCUACUCGAGCGGCUGGAGAAGGAACUAAUCGAACAGAUCUGCGAUUCGCUCGUUAUGGACGUGAAGGCGAAGAGUAGGCCGUAUAGAACCGACAAGUACGUCUCGCAAAUCUUCAGGGUCGAGGUCGAACUUCAUAGUUGUCAUACAAAUGCUCCACAUUUCAGAUGGUUCGCUAUGCAGUCGGAGAAGGAGAUCUCUUCGCUGUCUCUCACCCCCAGCGGUUGUGCGAUGUUCCACGAGCUAGCUACGUGUCUUCGAAGUCUCCACGAGCUCCUCGCCCGGUCUCUCUUCACCCGAGCUUUAAAAAAAUUGGCAGGCCAGUUCGAUCAAUACCUACUCGAAGAGGUUGUCCUGACGAACCGAUUCAACUCCGGCGGUGCGGCUCAGUUCCGGCACGACAUCUUCAGGAACUUGUUCCCACUAUUCGGCCUCUACAUCAGCAAGCCUGAUUCGCAUUUCCCCUUGUACGUUCCUCAAUUCUCUGUCUAUCGCUGCUUGAACAAGCAAUUGUACGCCUCUUGUUUGGCUUUAAGGACGAGAGAGGCGUGCUCGUUGCUGAACAUGGCUCUGGGGUCGGCGAUGCUUCUGAUGGAAGCUCUGGAGACCGACGAGAACACCACCGAGGUGUUGGCCGAUGUUGGAAUCUACAAAUUACCUCUGGAAUCGGUCCUGGCAGUGCUGAAGACGAGGACGGACGUUGGCACCAGCUUGUCGUAGUCUGAUCCCUUCCACGCGUUGUUCAACGCGAGAUGGUACCUUUAAAACGGCCAGCGAUUAAAAUUUAAGGAACCGAAAGUUCCCUCGUUAUUUCACCCGAAUUACCUCUUAAAUGAUUACUCGCCUUUGAAU